UUAGCUACACGGAAAAGGCUAACACAAAGGAAAGGACGAGAGUUCCAGUCCGUGGACUUGUCUAUCUACCCGGAUAAGUGUGAGUUCCAGUCCGUGGACUGUUCUAUCUACCCGGAUAAGUGUGAGUUCCAGUCCGUGGACUUGUCUAUCUACCCGGAUAAGUGUGAGCUCCAGUCCGUAGACUGUUCUAUCUACCCGGAUAAGUGUGAGUUCCAGUCCGUAGACUGGUCUAUCUACCCGGAUAAGUGUGAGCUCCAGUCCGUGGACUGUUCUAUCUACCCGGAUAAGUGUGAGCUCCAGUCCGUGGACUGUUCUUUCUACCCGGAUAAGUGUGAGCUCCAGUCCGUAGACUGGUCUAUCUACCCGGAUAAGUGUGAGUUCCAGUCCGUGGACUGUUCUAUCUACCCGGAUAAGUGUGAGUUCCAGUCCGUGGACUGUUCUAUCUACCCGGAUAAGUGUGAGUUCCAGUCCGUAGACUGGUCUAUCUACCCGGAUAAGUGUGAGUUCCAGUCCGUGGACUGUUCUAUCUACCCCGGAUAAGUGUGAGCUCCAGUCCGUAGACUGGCCUAUCUACCCGGAUAAGUGUGAGCUCCAGUCCGUAGACUGGUCUAUCUACCCGGAUAAGUGUGAGUUCCAGUCCGUAGACUGUUCUAUCUACCCGGAUAAGUGUGAGUUCCAGUCCGUAGACUUGUCUAUCUACCCGGAUAAGUGUGAGUUCCAGGCCGUAGACUGGUCUAUCUACCCGGAUAAGUGUGAGUUCCAGUCCGUAGACUGGUCUAUUUUACGGACAGAUUGGUUGUAAUAUCUGAGAAGACAUUGUUACAAGAAGACUAUACUAAAACCUUACCCAGAUUUCUUUAUAAGUUCACUACUGUUUUGUCGGCAGUCAGAUUAUCUUCGCUAUCGUGCAGUACCCGACCGUGUAUUGGAGGUUAAUUACCACACUAAUUGAAAGCUAUUAAUUUUUUAACCUGAGUUCCACCCGUUCUCUGGAUUAAUGGACAAAGGGAGAAGAUUAAAUGUAUACCUUAUACACGCACUUAUUGGAAUAUAUAAAAAUAUAAUCUUCUUGUGGCGAUUUAGUACUUAAAACGAACGUCAUUUUAUUAAAAAAUAUACAGCUUCAGUGCGAAAUUGUACUCAAUGCAGAUGGUGCAUGUUAAAUCUGAAGCAGGACCACGUGAUCGCUGUUAGCCUGAAAUGGCCUCCGUGCACCUGAAAGACCGGUCGCACCCAACUCUGCAGCUUCGCCCGAGACGGACAUCUUUCCGCCAGUAUAAUAUAACCGUACAUCGACCAAGUCAAUCGGCAUAUAUCCCGUCCUGGAUGGAAAAAGUUCAGAAAACUCGUCAGGAAAUGAUAGACAAUUUAAAUGCUGCCAAGCUCAAAGAGCAGUUACAUUUAAACAGACAUCGAUGUGACAGCCGCGGAAGUAGAAACAGCGGUUCGUCAUCCCAAGGAAGUCCCCGGAUGUUAAAAUUCCUACACGCGGCCGCCAUUGAUGAUAGCACUGCUGAGCAUCGCGAUUUAGAACAACAGUAUCAGGAACUACGAAAUAAGAUGUUCCCGCCGAAAAGUCGAGAAAAGGCACAGGAGGUACCCAAGGGAAAACCAGCAGAGAAUGAUCAACAGCAGAAAAGACUCAAAACCAAGAAAACAAGAUUUAAACUUAAGGAGGACACCGAGCGGCAUCGACCACGUGCUCGUGACGUGUCGGAAUCUGCGUCGAGCGCUCCGUCAACAGGACGCACGUACCACCACCCUGUACAGGUUCCCGUGUCCCAACUUUUAGAGUCGGACGCGCUAGGCUCCGAUCACUUCUUAAAACAUUUAAAUUGUGUUAAACAGCUGGCUCGUCGAUAUCGCCGUGGCCAUCGUCGACAGCGCCAUAUCGGCCAUCAGUUGGAAGUGCAGGAUAGUUGAUGGAACAGCUUUAGUAAUUACUUCAUGGGGAGUAAAUAAUCUUGACGGAUUUAAUUUGGAAGUAUAACCAAAUGGCAAUGAGUUACGUUUUAUUGUUUAGAAAUCAAUGCCACUUUGUCCGGAACAGGAUGUGAUUAUCAUAUUCGGAUAAUUUUUGAUUCCAGGGUGGAUUUGUCUGGAUUAGACAUUAAUUAUUGACCAGGAUUUUUUUUCGGAAGUGGAGGAGAAACAACUCUGUAGUCGACUUUUGAGUAAGAAGGAUACAUCAGCUGUUUAAAGGAUGUUAUAACGAUUAUCAUCGAUCGUAAAAUAGUCUCAAUUAAAUGAACUUAUAAGAAAUCGUUAGCUGUGAUAUGGAUUCGAUAAUGGAAAACUGGUAACUAUAUAUAAUAACAACAUAAAACAGCAGUGUAGAAUUCUA